AUGGCAGAAAAUGAGAAAAUGUACAUCUCCUAUAAUAAUAUUCACAAGCUUUGUCAGGGAGUGGCUAAGCACAUUUUAGCUAGAAAUGAAAGGCCUGAUAUUAUUAUCGCCAUCACUGGUGGUGGUAUGAUUCCUGCAAGAAUUAUUAGGUCCUUUUUAAAAACAAAAGGACAAAAGAAUAUUCCAAUUCAGGCCAUUGGUUUAUCUUUGUAUGAAGAUUUAGGGUUGGAUGAUAGUGUAGAAACCAUCGGUAAAGAGGUUAUCAGAACACAAUGGCUGGAUUUCGGUGCUCUGAAUCAACACUUCGAUUCCUUAAUUGGAAAAAAAGUCCUCAUUGUUGAUGAAGUUGACGAUACUAGAACUACCCUCCAUUAUGCUGUUUCCGAGCUGGAAAAAGAAAUCGCUGAACAGCAAAAGGUUUUAAAUAGAAUGAGUGAGCAAACUGUUUUCUCUAUCUUUGUUUUACAUAAUAAGGACAAGCCAAAAAGAGCUGGAUUACCUGAUUCUAUGAUGAAUUCAGGACGUUACAUUGCUGCGCAAACUGUUCCUGACAAGUGGUUGUGUUACCCUUGGGACGCUGAAGACAUCGAAGAACAUACUAUCCUCGCUAAAGCUCAAGGUCAUGACUAA